AAAGGGUCGCGUUCGGCUGGUUCCACCCCAACAAAGGUAAGUAAGGUCAUAACCACCGACGGUGAAGAUGAUGGACGUCUCGGAAAAGAUGAACUUGCUGUGUUGGCUGUUACGUCGAACAUCAACUCACGACAAUACGUACCAUUUUUAGCGGUUGAUCUCAAGGAACGCUUCGCUUAUCCUGUACCGUUUACGUGCGUUUAUUGUGUCUCGGUUUUGAUAUUUUUUAUUUGA